AGGCCUAAAAAUCUAAAAGACGCUGUUGCUUGAGCCAGAACUUCUUCUUUCCUUUGCUGCAUUACCAAAACCCUGAUAAACCCUAAACCCAACAACCCUCAGAGGCUAAUCUGCGCAAUGGAUGAGAAAGAAGCAUCGGCAUCAGCUUCAGCUUCAGCGCCAUACCCUAACCCCGUACAAUCAAGUGAAUGCGAAGAGUGCAAGUCAAAUUCAUGGAAAUACAAAUGCCCUGCUUGCUCUAUACGCACGUGUAGCCUUCCUUGUGUCAAAUCCCACAAGGAAAGAACUGGCUGUACUGGAAAAAGAUCGCUCACUGAUGUCGUCCCUUUAUCCCAAUUCAACGAUAACAUUCUUUUAUCAGAUUAUAACAUGCUUGAGGAUGUUAAGAGAGUUGCUGAAUCAGCUAAAAGAAUGAGACAGAAGCUAUGUGGCUACUCUCAUUUUAGGCUUCCUUUACAUCUGAAGAAUCUUCUGCGAGCUGCUUCUGAUCGUAGGACCAAAAUACUCUUCCUAUCAAGCGGAAUGUCGAGAAGAUUGAAAAAUCAAACUUAUUACAAUGAAAGGAAAAAGUUCAUAUCUUGGACAAUUGAAUGGCGUUUUCACUCGACAGAUAUUGUGUUGAUUGAUCAUGGAGUACAUGAAGACACAAGCCUCUGCUCUGUGAUUGAGAAUCAUUUGAAACCAGGCCCUUGGAAUCAUCCAUUGAGGCAAUUCUUUGAAGAGCCACUGGAUUCUCUUAAACUUUUCAUCCGCAAAAAUCCAAAGGGCACACAAUCACCUUUUUAUCAGUUGGAUAUAAAGGCUUCGCUGCGUGAACAACUAGCCACUAAGGUUGUCCUAGAGUACCCUGUCAUUUAUGUUUUCCUGCCAUCGCACAGCUGUGAUUUUGAAGUAAUCAAAUAUUCUGUCCCUCUAAGAGUGGAGCAAAAUGAGCUCGAUUGUGAUAGCCGAAGUCCCAAGGGAGUAAUGUUCAGGGAGGAGGAUAUAGAAGAUGGUGGAUCUUUAAACCCACACGUUUCAGAUCUCUUCACUUAUACCAACUUAAAUGUGGCAUCCAAGUCAUCUGCCAAUAAAAAGGAGACCAACAAAUUGGAAGCGAGCAGAGGUGCCAGAUCAUUUGUAAAUGAACAUUUUAAUGAAGAUGACCAACAUAUAUGUGAUGACACAUACUCAGAUCUUGAUCUGGUUCAUUCAUUUAUGAAAGAAAAGGAUCUGGGGGUAAAAGAGGACUGUUCAUACUUGUGUGAUGUUUUACCUGUGGAAGGAGAAUUUGAGGAAGGAGAGAUAGCAUUCAAGUCAUCUACGGAAAAAAGGGAGACUAACAAAUCUGUAUUAUCAGAAGGCCAAAGUUCCAAAUCAUUUGUAAGUGGACUUCUUAAUGAAAAUGACAAAGAUAUAUGUGAUGAUACAUACUCAGAUCUUGAUUUGUUUCUUUCAUCUAUGAACGAGAAGGAUCUGGGGGAAAAACAGGACUAUACAUAUUUGAGUAAUGUUCUACUCGUGGAUGAAGAAUUGGAGGAAGGAGAGAUAGCUUGACUUCUUCUUUUCCAAUUCCUUGUUGCUAAUGGUAGUUAAAUGCACCAAAAGUCGAGUCAUUGUUAUGGUGGACUGGUGCUAGUGGUACAAACCAGGCUUGGCGUGUCAAGUAAAUACUUGCUUUUUGUGCCACUGACUUGCAUAAUAUAGUCAGAAAGAUAAUUGAUAGCAGAAUUUCUGAAUAUGGCUUCCUGAAGAAAUUUUCACUUCUGAAUUGUUGGAGGAGCAUUAUAACCAUAUUCUGCGGGUUUCUGGUCCGGAUUCUCUUACAGCCCUUUUUUGUGGGAUGUGAAAGAUCCAGACAUGGUUGUCGUUGACAAAAUUUUAAUUAUAACUGAGAGCUGUCUCUACAAUGAGAAGGUCCUAAAUGAGAUCAGUCGGAUUGCAGAAUCUGCUAGCUGUUCACUUUCCAGUUCUAGCUGAUAUCUGGAGUAAUAUGCACAUUUAAGCAAUGGUUUCUUAUGCUACCCUUUCUUAUUCGGUUAUCAACAGCAUAUCAUUUUUCUGGUGCCAAAGGAGACGCAAACCUCUGCAGUUCUUGAUCCAUUGCUUAGUAUAACCCUAUAAAUAGUUCUCAGGAAUGAUGUUCAUCUGGGGUGAUCAGGCGCACCCAUUUUGUUGUCUACAUUCCUCCCUUUUGUUUUCUUAAAGAACUUGGUUCAUUCGACAAUUGGCAAUUGGAUGUGUUUUUUCAUAUGUAAUUUAUGAGUUUUAGCCCUGCAGAAAUGGGGUACUUGAAAUGUAAUGUCGUUUCCACCAGAACGAUAAAUGUUCCAAGAAGUGUUUGAUAUCUA